GCGUGGGAUCCGCUCUUCGCUACACCUGAGCUCAUGGUAGCGCGUUGGGAACCGUCUAUCAAGAGUUCCGAUACUUUCGACCUGGGCUGCAUUUGGGGGCGAGAUUCAUGGAAACAAUUAGACUGGCGCAAUGUCUCAACAUGCCGCAUGGUAGAGGAAGCUCAUGCUGCGGUACCGAAUCCCCAUGGCGCAAUUGGGAGCAGGUGGCGGAGUGCAAAGAGAAAUACAGGAAAAAGCUGCAGGGAAGAAGCUACAUCACGGAGACUGUCUGCGUGAAGGUCUCCUGCUCUGGCCAGGCUCACAAUCAAUAACUGGGAUCUGUGGCAGCUAAACCUUCGUUGAUCAGUGCUUGGGUGAAAUAGAACUUCGCCCCAAGCUUCUUUUCAUGCUCAAUCUGCUCGUUGUCGACCACGAUGAUGGCUUUUCCUUUCAGCUUUCCACCGUGGACUGCGAAAUCAUUAGCAAAAUAUAGCAAAUACCGACAGGAGAACUCACCCAGCUCAACCAGA